GGUAAUGUGAAGAAAUGGAAAGUGAAAGCAGCUGCGUGGUGCUCGAGAAGGCGGAAGACUGAAGACUGAAGUACGGUUCUGAAUGAAACUUUCAAUGAAAAGGGAGAAUGGCUGAAAAGGAUAUUAUCAGGUCUAAGAAACGGGAUCUGAUCAAGUGGCUAAGCUUGAAUGAUAUGAUCUUACAUGAGGUCCAGUCAAAGCCGCUUAUAACAGACGACGAAUAUGAAGAGCUGAAGCAAUUCGAGGAACGCAAAGGAAUACAGAAAAUGACUGCAGAGCUUCUGGAUAGGAUUAUGAAAAAGGGACCGUCGGUUUGCGGCCAGUUUUUGGACCUGUUGCGAGAUAAAAACGUGAAUGAGUCCUGCCCAGAACUCAGAGAGUGGAUAACUACAGUGAACACCUCAGGUCCAAGUGCAGCUUCAGAGAUUAGCAGCUCAAGCGCAGCUAACAACCCAAACAGUACCUCUUAUGCUGGAAACCAGACAAUAGCAGAUAACCAGGAGUUUCUGAGGAGUAACAGAAGUGCCUUAAUUGAUAAAGUAAAAAAUGUUGUUGGAAUUAUUGACGGCCUCCAACUAUCAGAUGAAAUGAGGGCAAUCGUGCAAGCAGAGCCAACGGAACAGGCCAGAAUGAGGAAAGUUCUGGAGUUUACAAACAGCACAAAAGCUGCUGAGCAUCUGGUCAAGGCCUUGUGGAAGCAUGCUGGUGAUGUCAUGGAGGACCUGACCAGAGCCUAAGAAGUCUAAUGUGGCCUUUAAGACCUCUUUUACAACACAUACAGUGGGUGCUGUGAAUUCUAAAGCAACUAAACUAGAAAUCAUGUUAGAUCAUAUACCUACAUUCCAAAGUUUUUUGAGAAAAGUGCUUUACACGUUUUUUUAAUAUGACCCACAACUAUUAAUCCAGCUUGUUUUUUUUCAUAUAAAUGGGAUUGUUUAGUAUUAAUAGGGCAUACUUUUUUAUAACAAUGGUAUCAUGCAUGAUUUUAGAUUGUCUAACCAUUAUUUGUUGUAUCUGUUAAAGUCUUCAGGGAUACUGCAGAACAAUUUUUGAGGAUGUCUGUUAUUCUUAUAUUUUACUUACCAAAACCUUUCAGGGAUCUAAAUGACAUUAAUUGUGCAUGUUAACAUUUGUUUGGCAUUGUAGUUGUAGAUUUUAUAUGAAUUAUCAUUAACAUUUUUAUAAACAUUUUUUCAUAUG